AUGGCAUCAAAUAAACAAAAAUUAGCAGUUAGUAUUUUAAACUUUUUAAAAGUAUCAAUGAAAGAAGAUGCAGAGAAUGCUGAAAGUUUACAAGUUGCAGUCGAAUGUAUUAGAGAUGUUUUCGGAGUAGAUGAAAAUGAUUCAACUUUACAAGUUUCAGCACCAUUAUCUGAAAUUUUCGAUAAAUUCAUUGGUGAAAAUAAUACCAAUACCACCACCACCACCACUACCACCACUACAAAACUUUCAAAAGAAGAAUUAUUAAAUCAAACUUAUAGUGAAAUCCCAUACGAACUUCUUGAAUCAUUUAAACAAUUUAUCACAAUUCUUGAACAAAAAGGUGCUUUUGCAAAUGAAGAUUCAUGUGAAACAGUUAUUAAAGCAACAAAACAAAAGUUCAUGGAAAGUAAAGCAGGUGAAGUUAAAGCUAUUGCUGAAAAAUUAAAGAAUGAAGGUAAUGCUAAAUUGAAUGAAGGUAAACAUCAAGAAGCACUUUCAUGUUACAAUAAAGCAAUUCUUUAUGAUAACACCAACGCUAUUUACUUUGCAAAUAGAGCUGCCACUUAUUCUGCUUUACAAAACUUUGAAAAAUCAAUUGAAGAUUGUCUUGAAGCAAUUAAAAGAAAUCCAAAUUAUGGUAAAGCAUACACUAGAAUGGGUUCUGCAUAUACAUCAUUAGGUAAAUUCUCAGAAGCAAUGGAAGCAUAUAAUAAAGCAAUUGAAUUAGAACCAAAUAAUGAAACUUUUAAAGCAUCACUUGCCAAUGCUGAAAGACUUGCUGCUGCUGCAAACAAUCAAGCACCAGCUAUGCCAAAUAUUCCAGGUAUGCCAGAUUUAGGUGGUUUAGAUUUUGGUUCACUCUUAAGUAAUCCAGCAAUUAGAGGUUUAGCAAACAACUUAAUGUCUGAUCCAAAAAUGAAAGAAAUGAUGGAUAAUGGUGAUAUGGCUAGUCUUCUCAAUAAUCCAGAUUUAUUAAAAAUGUUUGGUAAUUUAGGUAAAAAGUAA